GCUUGUCAUUAGUAAACAUAACCAAAGAUUUCAGCACAUGAAAUGAAAAAUAAAAAAUGAAACUAGAAACAAACAGGAUAUUUAUCAGUGAUUUGCCCGAAACAGCAAGCAAAGAUGAACUUCAAAAUAUAUUUGGCAACUACGGAGAAGUCUCAUCUAUUGAAAUCAAAGAACGAAAGGAACUGGGUCAGAAAAAUUCUUCCUUAUUUUUCGCUUAUGUUACGGUAAACAUAGAUGCCAAAAGCUUAAAUAAUUGUUUUAAUGAUUUCUCAAAAGCAAAAUGGUUUGGCCAACCAGUAAUGCUUCAGAUCGCAAGGGAGAGUUUUCUUGAUAGAUUGAAACGAGAACGGCAAAGUCAACCUUCAAAUAUACCCAAAGCUGAAACUACAUCUGAGGAGAAACUCAGCUUGCCCGAGAAGAAAAUUAAUGGUCUACCUAAAUAUACUCCUAAAAAGCAUGUUUCAUCAGAUUCUGAUAGCAGUUCUACAAGUUCUUCAGAAUCAGAAGAUGAAGAAGAAAAGCCAAAACUAGUAAACAAAAAUCAGAAGUCUAUAGACAUAGUAAACGAAACUCAAUAUCAUGAUCCAGAUUUUAAGAUUAAAAACAACAGAGGAAAAGUUUUAAAUGCAAACAGUCUUAAAAUAGAAUCUGUAGGCAAAGAACCUAUUAUAAAAAUAGAAAAACAGAAUAAAAAGACACCUAUAAAUACUUCAGAGGCCAACAUUAAAAGAUUGGAAUCAUUAAAAAAUCUUAAACAAGGAUACCAAAAUCAAAAGUCAUUAAUUCAAGCCGCUCUGUCAAAUGUGGAUUCUAAGCCAAAAAAUAAAAUUAUAUUUGAUGAUACUGAAGAUAUCUCUAAUAAUAAAACCACAAGUUAUUCAAAUAAAAACCAAAAUAAAAUUGCAGAAGAUAAAAAGUCUUUAUUCAAUGGUAGUGAAUCAGAGGAAGAGUUUGAACCCAGCUUUUCAGUUAAGGAACAUUUUCAAGGAACAGAGGGUCAAAAGUUAUUGGAGCUACAAUCAAAAUAUAAAAAUGACAAAAGGUUUACAUUAGAUGCUAGGUUUUUAAAUGAUGAAAAAAUAGAACAACAAAGUGUGGAGAAUUCAAUAAAUGAAAAUGAAGAUAUUUCUCUUGAGGAAGAAAAGAGACAGGAGUAUGCCAUACUCGAAAAAGUUUUAGGGAAAAAGGUGCUUUCAAGAAAAGAAAAACAAGUUCCUAGUACAAAAAAAUCAAUGUUACGGUUUGAUCCGUCACAACCGGAACAUUCAAAAUAUGAAAUACCUAAAUCGACAAUGGAUAAAAAAGAGAAGAAAAGAAAAAGGAAAGAUUCUGAGACUGAAAUGAUCGAAGAAAAGAAAGUUGAAGAAAAAGAGGCUCCAGAAGUAUCAAAAGAAGUGUUUUUCAAGGUUUCAGACGAUUUAAAAGAAACCUUUGAAGAAAAGAAAGAAUUUAGCCUUCUGAGUAUGUUUGGUCGACACGAAGACAAAGAUGAAGAAAUUGAUGACAAACCGCAAGAGCAGCCCGUUAGUGUAAAUAAUAAAUUCCAACAAGAGAAAAAUCCAUUUAAAUACGAUUCUUCCGACGAUGAAGACCAAACUGAAGAUAUUCCUUCGCAGAAUGCGGUAACCGAGACUGAAACUAAACAAUUCGAUAAUAUUAAAACACAAGGGGGUUUAAGGAGAACAACAACUUGGACUGAUUCUUUCUUUUUCAAAGUGGACGACUAUCGGUUACAAGAGGGGCUCGAUUUUGUUGAAAAAAUGAAAUUGGAUGAAAAUUCGGAGUUUACUAAGUUAAGGCGGGAUCUAAAGGGUAUUGUAAAAGCGAAAGUAAGGAAUAAUCUAAGGAAAAAUAAACCAUUCAAGAAAAAACUAGGUGGAAGUAGAAAGAAAAAGAAUAUUAGAAUGAAAAAAGCUAUGAAGCGAUGAUUAUAGGAAAUACUUUAGGAGAUAUUCUUUUUAUUGAUUGGCCAUAGGGAACACAUCAUGUUUACAUUUCAUAAAAAUUAUAAUUUCAUUAUAUUUUUACAAUUGUACAGAAUAUUUUGUGAUUUUUUGUAACUAUAUUUUUCAAUAAACUUUUUUUUAUUGUUUGAA